AUGAUGUCUGUCUCUUCCGCCACCUCGUCGAUCCGCUCCUUGUCGCCCGACGACCGAUUUCGCCGCCGCAAUGCGGUCUCUGCCUCCAACAACAAGAUCGCUCGCAAGGCUGCGUUUGUGUCGGCCGUCCUCUCGGCGCUCUGUGCCGGCUCCGUCACCGUCUUCUCGCUGUACGGCCACAUCUUCCAGGAGCGACUGCACUACUCGCAGUUUCAGGUCAACGGUGUCGCUAUCGCUGCCAGCAUCGCCUGCUACCUUCCCGUGCCGUUGAUGGGCUAUGUCUGCGAUCGAGCCGGACCAGCUCCACUCUCUCUGCUGGCCGGCAUUCUUUUCGGUCUCGGAUAUGGCCUGGCUGCCCUCAUCUACCGCCAGGCAGCCAGUGAGGCAGCCGCUCACGCCCCAGGCAGCCUUCUCGGUCCCGCUGGCGACGAUGCCUCCUGGACUUAUGCCCUCAUGGUCGCUGCCUUUGUCAUCAUCGGCACGGCCACCUGUGGCAUGUAUCUCAGCGCCGUGGCUACAUGCGCCAAGAACUUUGGCCGUGGCCGCCACCGGGGACUCGCCCUGGCUAUGCCCAUCGCCGCUUAUGGUCUCAGCGGCAUGUGGCAGAGCCAGCUGGCCAGCCGUGUACUGUACGAGCGCCUGCCGCCAUUGCAGCCUGGGGGACCUGUGCAACGCGGUGAUGUCGACGUCUUUGUCUUCUUUCUCUUCUUGGCUGUCCUGCUCACCAUCGUCGGUCUGCUCGGCGCCUUCACCCUGCGCAUUAUCGACGAGGACGAGCUGAUUGACGAGGCUGUCGACGAGCUCGAGCGCAGUGGCCUUCUCGAUAGCAGCGUCCUCUUCUCGCCGUCCACUCCGACGGCUCCUUCGGCUCCUUCGGUUUCCUCGCCUCCGUCAGCUUCGGCCCCCUCCUCCUCCCACAACAACCGGGUCACCCACUUUGGUCCUGGCGUCAGUGGCCGCUCCGGAAAAGGCUACGGCACUAUGGCCCGGUCGGAUCCCUACUCCCACCGCACCGACGACGACGAAGACGACGCGCUCGCCAACUGCUUGCUGGACCCCAGCAAAGAUGCAGAUGAGGCUGGCGAGUCCGACCAGGAGCGCGCCCAUCUCAAGAAGCAGUGGGUGCUCAACGCUGAGACCCGUCGUUUCCUCACCGACCACACCAUGUGGCUCUUUGCCCUCGGCUUCUUUUUCAUGAUCGGCCCGGGCGAGGCGUUUAUCAACAACAUGGGCACCAUCAUCAAGACGCUGGGUGGCGCUCCUACCACGGCAGCAACCCAUGUGUCCAUCGUUGGUCUUGUCAGCACCGUCGUGCGCCUGCUGACCGGCACCUUGACAGACCUGCUGGCCCCUCGCCCGCAAACCCAAUACCUGCAAGGCGGUCGUGACGGCUUUGGUGCCGAUAUAUCGCCCUCAUCGUCUCGGCCCAUGUCGGCAGCCACGUCGUCCAGCUCGCUGCUGUCCGGCGAGGCCGAGAACAAUGCACUUAUUGCCGGCCGUCUUGCCCCCGGCUCCUCCUUCUCGCAACGCCCGUCCAUCUCGCGCGUCGCCUUCCUGCUCACCUUUGCGCUGGUCAUGUCGACCGGAUUCGUUGUCCUGGCCUCGGGCUCCAUGCAGGGUCAUGGCGAACGCUUCUGGCUCGUCUCGGCUCUGGUGGGCGCCGGCUAUGGUGCUGUUUUCAGCUUGACGCCCAUCAUCAUCACCGUCAUCUGGGGCGUCGAGAACUUUGCCACGAAUUGGGGCAUCGUCGCCAUGUUCCCGGCCCUCGGUGCCACCCUCUGGGGACUGGUCUACUCAGCCGUCUACCAGACCGGUGCCAGCCGCAGUGCGCCCGAAGACGGCGCCGCUGGCCUGUGCUAUGGCACCCAGUGCUAUGCAUCGACCUUCUGGGCCAUGUCUGUCAGCGUCUGGCUGGCUUGCGGCCUCGUCCUCUUUGCCUGGAAGGGUCGCCGUGGCUGGUCCCAGAGGGAAAUCGUCAUCUGA